AUGGGGUUCUCGACGCUCUUUAUAUUUGCUCUCCUCGGUUAUGCAUCAGCGGCACCGUGGCGAUGCUACCGUACCGCAAGUGGAGCCACCGUAUGCAUUGGAAAGCAAGGAGAGCCCUGCAUCGCUCCACCAUCAAUAUGUAUUCCGCGGCUAGUCCCACCUUGCGUCAAACCUGCACUUGUGUACACACCAGCAUGUCCACCGUGCCCCGAACCUUGUCCACCUUGCCCCGAACCUUGUUCUCCAUGUCCUGAACCUUGUCCACCGUGCCCUGAACCUUGUCCACCAUGCCCUGAACCUUGUUUCGAACCAAGCCCACCGUGUUAUACUCCGUCACCUUGCUAA